AACUGUCUCUUAACCAGGACAGUGUCCAUCCCAGGCAAGCAGAAGUGAAUCAGGUUCUUACAGAAACCUCACAACUAGCAAACGACCCCCCUCGUCACAGCUGAUCACAGAUUGGUUCAAUCACCCCUCUAUCCCCUCCCCCCUCUACUCACUGCCCUACCCUACUCUGCUGACUCCCAUCGUUGACGCCGUGUGCGCUUCUAUUGCGCAAGUGCCCCUCCCUCCCCUCAGACGUCUGAUAGAGGUAAGACAGAGAGGUUAUUUAAAGACCAGGUCCACUAUCCAGGAGAGGACAAUCGCAGAGCAAAAGAGACGUUUCGAUUUUUUAAAAUGGUGUCUACACAUGUCGUGGACAAUGCAUCUCAAUUCUGAAACAAUCUUUGGGAUACUCGGGUCCAUUAGCUACACGGAGUUAGCAGUGGAUACUUAGGUGCUGCAAUCAUGCCUUCCGUAACUGACAGAGUCACUCCAUUUUGUAUUCUACUGACUGUGAUAGCGUGUGCUCUGGGCAACCACAACAAAUGGUGGACCUGCAACAGCGAGUGUGCCAGGUGUGUCCGCCGGGUGACGCCCAUGGAGGAGCUCAUCGUCCAGUUCUACCCCGGUCUGUUCAGUCAAACUCCACCAGAGAACAUGUUCUAUUCAAGUGAGUCUACUGGACCAGGAGUGUCAAUGGUCAACAGUGGGACAGCUGAAAUUCCUUCACUUGGCGAUGGUUCGGGUGGUAACCGUACUUUAGGAACUUUGGGCGGCCUAAGAGAAAUGGAAACAAAUCGUUCGCAUGUAGCGUACCACCCCUCAACGUCUGGCUGUUGUGAGACAGUCACCGAGUACCUGACUCCUCCAAACGUCACUAUCAAAGGUCAAGUGUACAGGGUAGUUCAUCUCAGACACGCCUUUCAGUUUAUACCUAUUGGGAAAUGUCGAAAGGGCAGCACCUGCCAAGAAGGUCAGUGCGUGGAGCAGUACAGGGCUCACUGGGUGUUAGUCUACAAUACCACCACCGCCGUGGUGGGCCCCCCGGUCAGCUUCUCGCCCAUCGAGGUGCCCUCUCACUGUGAAUGUAUGAACGUAGGACGUUCUUGAUCUCUGACUGACGCCAUGAUUUUUUUUCGCACCGAAAACGAUGACGUCAGCCUCUUCUUUUGUUCUGCCUGUGACAUUAUUGCAUGUUUGACUCUUAAAAAUAAAUUGUAAACCUGUACAGCAUGUAACCUGCAACUAUAGAAAGUACUUGUUUUGUUGUGGAUGUCGACCUGCAGAGUUUAUGAAUCACUGCGUUAUGAGAAGCUGUUUUACUCUGUGUACAAAUGAAAUCAUUCGAUGGAUCUCAAGAUGUUACAGUGUAUGUAUUGGGCAAAUCUAUUACUUGCUGGGCUUUCCUUGGGCGAUAAUAAUUUAAGAGCUAAUUCUGUAAAAUAUGGCCAGAACACUUAAAUCUCACAACAGAUUGCAAGCAUAUAUAAAAUCGAACAGCAAAAUCCAUUAUAAAAUCAUAGUAAACAUAAUAAGCCGAUCAAAUGUGUAUCAAACUUAGCAAAUUUAAUUGAAUACUUUUGCACACGUCUGAUCGGGAUUGCUCUUCUUGCACACGUCUGAUCGGGAUUGCUCUUCUUGCACACGUCUGAUCGGGAUUGCUCUCUUUUGCACACGUCUGAUCGGGAUUGCUCUCUUUUGCACACGUCUGAUCGGGAUUGCUCUCUUUUGCACACGUCUGAUCGGGAUUGCUCUCUUUUGCACACGUCUGAUCGGGAUUGCUCUCUUUUGCACACGUCUGAUCGGGAUUGCUCUCUUUUGCACACGUCUGAUCGGGAUUGCUCUCUUUUGCACACGUCUGAUCGGGAUUGCUCUUCUUGCACACGUCUGAUCGGGAUUGCUCUUCUUGCACACGUCUGAUCGGGAUUGCUCUCUUCUUGCACACGUUUGAUCGGGAUUGCUCUCUUCUUGCACACGUCUGAUCGGGAUUGCUCUCUUCUUGCACACGUCUGAUCGGGAUUGCUCUCUUCUUGCACACGUCUGAUCGGGAUUGCUCUUCUUGCACACGUCUGAUCGGGAUUGCUCUUCUUGCACACGUCUGAUCGGGAUUGCUCUUCUUGCACACGUCUGAUCGGGAUUGCUCUCUUUUGCACACGUCUGAUCGGGAUUGCUCUCUUUUGCACACGUCUGAUCGGGAUUGCUCUCUUUUGCACACGUCUGAUCGGGAUUGCUCUCUUUUGCACACGUCUGAUCGGGAUUGCUCUCUUUUGCACACGUCUGAUCGGGAUUGCUCUUCUUGCACACGUCUGAUCGGGAUUGCUCUUCUUGCACACGUUUGAUCGGGAUUGCUCUCUUCUUGCACACGUCUGAUCGGGAUUGCUCUCUUCUUGCACACGUCUGAUCGGGAUUGCUCUCUUCUUGCACACGUCUGAUCGGGAUUGCUCUCUUCUUGCACACGUCUGAUCGGGAUUGCUCUUCUUGCACACGUCUGAUCGGGAUUGCUCUCUUCUUGCACACGUCUGAUCGGGAUUGCUCUUCUUGCACACGUCUGAUCGGGAUUGCUCUCUUCUUGCACACGUCUGAUCUGGAUUGCUCUCUUCUUGCACACGUCUGAUCGGGAUUGCUCUCUUAUUGCACACGUCUGAUCGGGAUUGCUCUCUUCUUGCACACGUCUGAUCGGGAUUGCUCUUCUUGCACACGUCUGAUCGGGAUUGCUCUUCUUGCACACGUCUGAUCGGGAUUGCUCUUCUUGCACACGUCUGAUCGGGAUUGCUCUCUUCUUGCACACGUCUGAUCGGGAUUGCUCUCUUCUUGCACACGUCUGAUCGGGAUUGCUCUUCUUGCAGUGUGUAACAGAGAUAUUAGAACACAUUCACUUUGACGACAAUCUCAUGGAUACGUUACACUUGCGGUGUACAUUUAGUCACGUGAUUUAUUUACUACGGCAGUGGACCUUAGGUCAAACAUAUAGAGUAGAGUCACUAUUGCGGAACAGUUUGCAGCUACUUUUAGUUUUAAUUUUUUUGCUCCGAAAUGGCUAGACCUAUGGAAAAACUAAAAGUAUCUAGGCGUUGCCCAUCCAUUUUCCGAUAAAAAUAGACGCUUUGUUUAGUUUUUCAACACAUAUUUAAAUUGUACAUUCAAAUCGACUGAGAUAUGGUCAGUCACAAUAACGGAACAGGAUUUUUUAAGAAGUCACAAUUGCGGAACACGGUAAAAAUGUCGGAACAAAGCCUAUAUAAAGCAUAUAUUAAUAUUAGUCUUAUAUAAUACGAAGUAAUUAUCCUUUAAAUUAAUUUUAUUUUAUUAAAGCUUAAGAAAACACAUUGUCACUUUUUGAUCCUUUAUCUCUUCUUUAAUUUAAUGGGCGUCACACUACACUGAUUUUCCUUACAAGGUUUUAUUUUCCAUUCUAUUUUUUUUAAAAUAUUAUCUAUAAGAUAUUAUUUGAUAUUUUGAUUUGUCCUCUUUUUGCAGGACGUCUGGUAAUCAUAAAUUCUAUAUUAGGCCUAUAUGUAAUAUUAUUCUCUAAAUGUUUUUAAAUUUAUAUUACUCAUAAACUAAUAUUUAAACUCCAAUAUAAUCUAAAUCACUAUGUAAAUGCGCAGGUCAAAUAAAUAACUUCUAUAGUGUUCCACAAGUGUGACUAUCUUUAAAAAGGUAAAAACUGGGUAAACAUCUCCCAAUUUUUUUUUUAUUGAAUUCCUGGUAUAAGGCUAUGAAAUGAAGUGUUUUCACAUCCAUUUAUAAACCGAAAAUUAGGUGUAUCAUGCAGGUGAUGGGUCAUUAUCAUUUUUAAAAAGCCUUAAGCCCUGACCCUUGCGGUUCUCCUGGUACGUGAAAAAUAAUGGACGAUUCCACACCUGUCAACUUUAACCUGGAGUCAAAAUUAAUUUUCUGCUGUAAAAGGAAAACCCUUAUAUUGGUAAUGUAGAGAAAUGGACCAUGCGCAGUACCGUUAAAGUAGUUUAGCAGAAAAUUACAAAAUAAAGUAGAUUUUAACUAAUUUCGACGAGCUGUUCCGCAAACUUGCCUGUUCCGCAAUAGUGACUCUACUCUACAUCAAUAUACAACAAUAACACAAAAUUACACAUCAAUGUAUUAUAAUUGUUUUAAGUGUAUUUUGUUAGACUAAUUCAGUGCUACAAGGGAGGUAAACGAUCUGGACUGAUUUGGUUAUAUUGUAUCUUAUUCUGGAGAUAUAUUCACUUAACCAGUGGCGUCACUGUGGGGGGGGGGGUGAGGUCCGCACCGGGUGACACCCAUCAGGGGGUGACACCCAAAUAGAAAUUUAUUUUUUUUUAAAGGAGACAACUUAUAAAUAAAUAGGUGACUGGAGCUAGUUACCCAAAUAUACUUAUGUAUAUUUAAUAGACUGAACUAUAUCUAAAUAUCCAGCAUUGUAUUAAAUACACAUGAAUAAACUAUCCUUUUACACUUGUCAGACACAUUCAAUAAAUGUUGGUCAUUAACUUGAUAUUAUAGUUCAACAAAAGAACAUUAGUUUUUUUUUUGUUGUUUUUUUUUUUUGCAUUGUCAGGGGGGGGGGGAAUUGCUGUAUAAAAGAAGAGAGGGUGGUGAUACCCUGAGCUAGUGACGCUGUUGCAGAUAACUCUAUUUAAUAAGCCUUUAUCUUUUCUUUUCUGGUUGAAAAUCGUUUGUUUGUGUUUGUCGUUUUCAUAUCGAAAUUCGUUGCCAACUUGAAAACUUCAUCGCAACUCUAUUUCCUAUUCCGUCUUGGUCUUAUUAGAAAAAGAACAUGUUCUUAAAGUUAUGUUCAUGUAAAUAUCACAAAAAAAGAUCUUCACUUUGAUCCUUUUAAUAAAUCCACUUCUGAAUGUUGCCAUGCCAACAGUGCAGUGUUCAUUCUUUGAUCUCACGUCCGGUCACUCAAUGUACUCUCAAAGUUCAAGGACUCACGUAGCUACUCAUUGAUUUGUUUCAUUGUGAAGUUGUUGUUUUUUAAUCUAAUUCUAUUCUAAAAACAAGAAAUACACCGAGCGUGUCUUUGUAUGAGUGGACACACAAAUUAUAUUGUUUCUUGAACUUUUCUGUUCAGUUUUUGUUGAAGUGUCUGGUAAUUAUCAACAAUCACAAAUAUAUGCCAUGAAAUUAUGUACGUAUAUACGAAUAUUUAUGAUCAUAUCAUUUUGUUAUAUAAAUGUCAAAUGACUUUUUUUUCACCUCGUCACUAGUUUGGAAUUUAACAGCUAGUUUGACAUUAGUAGACUUCUAUAGUGUGACUUUCUAGCACGUAACUAUAACAUUUUAAUUAUAUUUCGAAGACAAUUGUAUAACUACUUAUAUAUGUGAUUAUUGCUGUUACUAGGCCAACUGUUAAUCUUUGUAUUGUAUUUUUAUUAUGUUUUUAUAUAUGCCAAUGUAAUACAUCAAAUUUGAAUGUCAUUUCAGAAUGUUCUAUUUGAAUGCUUUUUAAGAAUGCCAAAGGGGGCCAUUUGGAUAUCUCUCUUUUCUCUUUCUUUAUAUAUGGGGAUUGCUAGAUUUGGGUCAAGGAUUUUAAUUUUAUUCAACUUUUCGCCCUAGGUCAGAGCGCCAUAAGCAAACAUUUUCUAAAGGACUUUUAUUGUUGUCGUUACAUAAAGCUCAGGAAGAAAAGAAGGGAGUUAAGCACUUUAAGGGAACAGGAUAAUUCUUGCGAAAGAUAUAAAAAAAAACCUCAACGCUAUAUAUUUAAUUUUAUGAAGUGGUCCACAGAUUCUCUUGUCAUAAAAGGCUUAUAAUACAUUUAAAGACUUGUAUUUGUAGAGAUUUACUUAUAUUGCUAGCGCGUUUGGCGAUCUCUGAACAUUCUCAAAAGCCGGCCCUCUACAGUCGGAAAACUGAAAUGUGUAUAUAUGCUAGAGUGGUUGUGUGUGUGUGUGUGUGUCGGUAUGAUCUAUGUAAAAGAGAGAGAGAAAGAGAGAGAGAGAGAGAGGGGAGGGGAGUGAUUUGUUUACGUACGUCACUGAAUGCAUUAAGUCGAAAGUGACUUUAAUGAAUUAAAAGAAUUAAAUGAUUGAAAUGCGAAGGUCCAAUGAAGCGAGUGAAAUGAAAAAUAUGAAAUGAAUCGAAAUGAAGAGAAUGAAUCUUUCAACCAAAGCCUAUCACUGUAUCACAUCAAUACUUUAUUUCUGGCCAACUACAAAUCAUUGUAUUUGUGUUGUGACAUUUAGACAUGUCUGAAUUGCUUGUAUCUUACUGUACUUCAUAUUGAAUCUAUUAUUGUUUUUUUUGUUUUCAAACAAGCAACCAUUUAUGUGUGCAAGUACUUCUUGUGAGAGUGUGUGGCAGCAUGGUGUAGAAACUGUCUCCACGAAAUGAUGUCGCAAAGAUGUGGCAUAUGUAUUCUGUGAUGUCAUGUACGACUCUGUUCUCCGAAUUCGCCUGCUAACUUAACCUAUUCCUAUGUGUAUUCUGUGAUGUCAUGUACGACUCUGUUCUCCGAAUUCGCCUGCUAACUUAAUCUAUUCCUAUGUGUAUUCUGUGAUGUCAUGUACGACUCUGUUCUCCGAAUUCGCCUGCUAACUUAAUCUAUUCCUAUGUGUAUGUUUGUGAUGAUGCGUUUGGUCCUAUGUGGCCUAUAACAUGUUGAACUUGAACCACUAAAAUGGCUUAACUAUUAAAUCAAAGUGAACUUUUGACACGAGUUA